AUGGGCGAAAGCAGAAUUUUGGGCUUAAUUCCAUUAUGCAGCUUCUGGUUUCAUGAUAAGCUUGCUGCUUUUCCAGACAAUAACAUGUCUUCCAUUGGAGCACGUUCAGCUGAAAUUUACAUUUUGGAGAAGAGGCAGAAGGAGAAGAUGAAGAGAAUGGAAGAGGAAAGAGUAGGGAGGGGUGAGGUGAGUGCUGAAGGGAGGAAGGUGACUGGUUCUAGUGUGGGAAAGAACAAGAUACAUCCAGGUAGUGAACAAGGAGCAAAACCCGAUAAAUGUCUUUAG